ACUGAGGUUUAUUUCCUAUUUUAUCUCGAGUAACACAUCUUUGUACUUCUUUAUAAAUACCUUCAUAUUAGAGAAGAAUACAUAUAUGAAGAUAAGUUGUAUGCGCGUGAAUUAGUUAAAGUUGAAGACACAGCGGCAUGGCUACUACAAUGAUGAAUGUGAACGCAGUACUGGUCGCCAUCACCCUGGCUCUGCUAACGUGCUCGCCUCGGUGCAUUUACUCGGACGACCAGCGGCUCAUGGUGAACAUGACUCUGGUCCGGAACGCUUCGGCUCUUGGAGCUUUUUGCUUGGAUGGGAGUUUGCCUGCGUAUCACCUGCACAGAGGAUUCGGGGGCGGAGCAAGAAACUGGCUUUUACAGUUCGAGGGUGGAGGGUGGUGCAAUAGCAUAAAAUCAUGCUUGGACAGAGCCAACACCCGUAGAGGAUCAACACGCUACAUGAGCAAGUGGGAGGUCUUCUCUGGAAUUCUAAGCAAUAAUGCAUCUCUAAAUCCAGAUUUUUACAAUUGGAACCGUGUGAAGCUUAGAUAUUGCGAUGGAGCUUCAUUUGCUGGAGAUGCAGUAUAUAAAAACGGGACGUCAUUGCUCUAUUUCAGAGGGCAAAAGAUUUGGGAAGCAAUCAUUCUGGAUCUUCUGCCAAAAGGUUUAGGACAGGCAAGAAAGGCUCUGCUAUCAGGUUCUUCUGCUGGGGGUUUAUCAUCCUUUUUGCAUUGUAACAACUUCACUAAAUAUUUACCAAGCACUGCCAGUGUGAAAUGCUUGAGCGAUGCCGGAUUCUUUCUUGACGAAAGAGAUAUAAGUUCUAACCACACCAUGAGGUCUUUCGUUAAAGAUGUUGUUUCUCUACACGGGUUAGAGAAGAAUCUGGAUGAGAACUGCACCGCCAGCUCCCUUAAUUUUCCCGAGCUGUGUUUCUUCCCUCAGUACGCAUUGAAGUUCAUUACACCACCUUUUUUCAUAUUGAACUCAGCUUAUGAUGUUUACCAGUUCCAUCAUAUAUUGGUGCCACCUUCAGCUGAUCCACAAGGCCACUGGAAUCGUUGCAAACUGAAUCCGGCGGCGUGCAAUCCUCAACAGUUGAAUACAUUGCAAGAAUUCAGGCGUGACAUGAUUGUUGCUAUGGGAUUGUCCUACAAAUAUUCGAGACGAGGAGGCUUCUUCAUUAAUUCAUGCUUUGGUCACGGCCAAAGUGAGUCUCAAGACUCAUGGUUUGCUGCAGACUCUCCAAGGGUUCACAAUAGGACCAUUGCAGAAGCAGUAGGUGAUUGGUACUUCAGUAGAAGGGCAACAAAGGAAAUUGACUGCCCAUAUCCUUGUGAAACUACCUGCAUUAACCUUAUACCGUCAACUCAAGCCCUUUUACAAGAUUUGAGAAGCUAUUAGGUCCAACAUUUUCAAGGAGACAAAUUUCUCUUGAAGCUUCACAAGGAAGAAGAAAGAAUACAAAUAUACAAUACAAUACAAAG